AUGGUAAUGAAGGGUGCUAUUAGUGACCCGUUAUUCAGGGUGAAUAUCCCAAAAUUCUAUAUUAGGGAGGUGGAUAAUUCGAUUGAAAUGACUAAUGAGCCAGCGAACUGUGGAAAUAGAGAAAGAAGUAACAGAUGCGAAACCUCUCUUUUUCGUAUUUUGAAUAUCGUGUUCAUAGGAUUGCUCUUCCUGGAGGUGGAGACUACCGUUUCUACGAGGUACGGAGAAACCCAUGGAGAAGCAACGAAAUGGACAAACAGAGAAGGAAGACGAUUAGCUUGCCAGAGUUCAUCUAAAGCAAGCCAUGAAGUAGAAGGACCCAUGAUGACAGAAGAAAAUGCAAACAUCUUCGAUUCUACACUAAGGACACAUAACAAUCUGAACGAUAAUUCAAGUCAAGAUAUAUAUGGAUUGUCUCAACUCCUGUGUAAGUAUAACAAGUGCUUUAUUAGAAGCUGGAAGAAAGAAGGAAAAAGUGUAGACUUCGCCGACGAAGGUGGUAGUAGUGCUGAUAUCCCGUCUAUAUGUUGGGAGGAUGAAACGUCAUUAUCAUCAUCAUCAAAAUCUUUGGAAGGUGCGUACGAGGAAAUUGAACGGAGACGAAAUAGAUUCGUGAAGAAGGGAUACUUUGAACACAUGAAUCAUACACAUGAAUUAUCGGAAACAGAAUUCAUAGAGAAAAUAUCUAACCUAGGUGAUUAUGUAGAUCCUGAGGAAAUGAGCUCCAUAUUUUAUUAUGUACAUACGAAUGAAAGGAAAAAAUAUUUCUUAAUGCAAGAAAAUGUUAUUACCCAUUGGGAGAAUCUCUGUUACAAUUAUAACGUAAAAGAAAAUUUUAAAGAAGAACAGAUGAGGAAUUUAUAUGAAGAGACCACGAACUUUUUUCUCUUUAAGGAGAAGCAUUUUCUGAAAAGCUUUAGUACUUUUGUUCGUUUAGGAAGGUACAGCACCAAGAAGUUCACUGAUGGGUUAAUUAGUUACAAGCGUCUCUGGAAGGAAUACAGGAGGAUUGUGAACAAUUUUUGUCAUGCAAAACUGGACGAAGUGUUGAGGGCAUACUGGGAAGAGAACAAGGACAGGACCUUCCAGAUGCGCAUCCAGUACUGA